AUGAGUAGAAGGAAACAUAAUGGCAACAAUGAUAACUUUAAGCGUCGCAGCUUCAAAAUAGCACAAGCAAAUUGUAUGGAUAAAAUCAAAAAUACCAUUAUGCUUUUCCUUCCCUCGCUGGCUAUUAGCGACGCUUAUUGUUUGCCUCCAGCAGAAAACAAAUCCCCGAUCCGUGAAAACUCCGUGGCAAAAGCGCUGUACAAUGAUGGCCUGAUAAGAAACAGUCCUCUCGGACAUUCCAGUCGCCGAAACGAUGAAGAAGGCUUCAACGCCCUGUGGCGUCCAAGCGUGGUCACCAACUCAACAAUACGCCAUCGCUAA